AUGGGCUGUACGUUUACGAAAGUAAGAGAUUCGCGGUCACGUGACGAAGACGAGAAAUUGUCGGAAAUUAUCAGCAAGAAUUCAAGUUUUACGGACUCCAAAAAGGAUCUUGAGUGUCACACUUCACCGGCUACGAGGGACAUUGUAGAAAAAUGCCAGCAAGCUCUGUCUGUGGCAAAUACGACAGACGAUGACGUAAUUAGUCUACGGAUUGACCAAUCAAGUUACAUGGACGAAUAUACGGAAUAUACGGAUGCACAGAGUACCGAAAGAGAAAUGGAUAUCACAUACUAUCGAGAGGAUUCAUCGGACUUGAGAUGCGAUACAGCUAGCAACGAUUCUUCGUCAUCAACAGGGAAAAGUCGGGUUUCUUCUAACCUCUCAUCACGAAUAUCCAACUUUUUCCGGAAGGCAAAGCCAAGCAAUCUAACCAGCCAAGACGAAAUGUCAAGAGACAGCGACACUGGGACAGGAUAUGGAUAUGAAGGUGACAUGUCAUCAAGUGGAUGGGAAAGAUCGCCAACUCCUACACGCCAGGACAUGAAGGAAUCUAUACUCCAAAACACAAACAGCAGAUUGUCCGAUUUAUCACAAAUGGUGGAGUCCAGGAGAGGGAUUCAUGAGUAUCAGGCUCUGACACUCAUUCACGAAGUUUUGGAAAAAAAUCAAAUGCCAGAACUAGAAAUAGAAGACGACGGCAGGUCAUCUUCGACCACAAGCAGUGAAGAUUCUAUGUUGCCUUCUCAGCUCAACUUCCGGGUUCUAGCCAGACCCAAUGCCGCAAGAGAAACUGGGACCAUGGCCCCAACCGCUCCAGCUCCAGACACACCAGAAAAAGCACGCAAUGUUGUAGAAUUUGAAGCGGAAUUCCAGAACCUGCUUGACAGACAUGUAGUAGCGACCAGGGAUUACCGGAACAGGCAACUUCUUCAAGGGGGAGCACGUGGUCCCCGUCUGCCGUCCUUCAGCCUCCAGUUUCAGGAUGUGAGAAGCGACCCGAGAUCCGACACCACCAGGGAAAACGGAUGCAGGUACAGCAAAUACUUUUCCAACUCUGUGACACGCCCUCAACUGACCGUACAAGGACUCUCCUCAACAGACGACCGACUCAUGCAGUGGAUGGUCAGUCAGCAGAGGAGGGACUCCCAGCGGCAAUAAAGUGGAGAUGGAUCAAAGAGAUGUCCUAGAAAAGUUCAAUGACGUCAUAAUGAUGACUGAGGCAAGACUUUUCCGGGAGCAGUAUUUGAAAUCUUCUCAUGAAGUGAACAAUUUUGAAAACGCCUACAAUGGAUUAAGAUACAGUAGCACAUGUUCAUUAACAUAUAAUCAUCACCAUGUGAUUAACAUAUUUUGUGGAAGAUAGUAUAUAUGUAUUCAAAGAAACCACGUGCCAAUGCUGGUAUAUGUGUAUUCGUCAAAAUAGACCAGUUUAUACUGGGAAUGACAGUUUGAGGGAUGGUCACGCUCUAAGUGAGAGGAAGAUAGACUUACUCCCCUAAACCAGCUCGUAAUUAUAAGCUCGCCCUUGAAAAUAUUCGCGGGUACACUUGUCGCUUAGAUCAAUAAAAA